AUGGUCGUCAUUAAUUUCACUAUUCAUCGAAUACUGAUAGAUAAUGGUAGCUUGGCUGACAUACUAUUUCUUGGGGUGUACGACAAAUUGAAAAUCGGCCGAGAGAAGCUCCGACCCAUGAAGUCACCACUGGUGGGAUUUUCAGGCGACAAAGUAUAUCCACUGGGGGCAGUUACCCUUCCAGUCACUGCAGGUGCCAAUCCAAAGCAGGUUACUGUAAUGGUGGACUUUGUAGUGGUGGACUGCCCAUCAUCAUACAAUAUUAUCCUGGGAAGGACAACAUUGAAUGCCAUGAAAGCAAUCACUUCCACUUACCAUCUCCUGCUGCGUUUCCCAACUGAAUAUGAACUGGAAGGGAGAGAUAGGCCAGACGUUCAUAGAGCGGAACCUAUCGAGGCGCUAGAAGAGGUCAUUCUUGGUGAUGGUGAGGCCGAGAAGAAAGUGAGUAUAGGGUCUUUACUCCCCCAGGUAUCAAAGAUGAACUUACUCAAUUCCUCGGGAAGAAUCGAGAUGUAUUUGCAUGGGCGCAUGAAGACAUGCCGGGCUAUAUCAGAAGAAGUGGAAAAGCUCUUAAAAGCUGACUUUAUUCAAGAGGUGUACUACCCCGAUUGGCUGGCAAAUGUGGUCCUAGUGAAGAAAGCAAAUGGAAAGUGGAGGCUAUGUGUGGAUUUCACUGACCUUAACAAAGCUUGCCCGAAGGACAACUUUCCUCUCCCAAGAAUCGAUAUGCUCAUUGAGGGGAUGGCUGGACACGAACUACUAAGUUUCAUGGAUGCAUAUUCUAGAUACAACCAGAUAUCUAUGUACACCUCAGAUAGAGAAAAAAAUAGCCUUCAUCACUGA